AUGGGGCGCGCGGGUGCGGCGGGGCAGGAUCGUGGGGCAGAGGGGUGUUCGGGUGUGGUUCGAGGCGGCGAUCGGCCCACACCCCGCACCACAGGCCAAGCUAUAGCGUAUCUACUCCUCGAAGCGGCGCCAGCCCUCGCGGACCAGCCUGACAAAAGACCACACGGAGCGGAAGUACGUCGGCAUGAGCGGGACCGCGCUGAGCAGGUGGAGCCGGUUGCUCAUGGCGGACCGGGGCUGCGGGUCGGCCACGGCGAGAUUGUACACGUGGAGAGUGUUUUUGUCGCUGAGCACGGCGAGCUUGGAGUCGUCGGGCGAGAACUUGAUGGAGGUGACGGUGGCGCGGUCGAGGCCGCGCCGCAGCUCGAAGCGCAGCGAGCACUUGGCGGUGUCGUGGAUGCGGAUGAUGGUGCCUGUUUGCGACGCGGACGCGAUCAGGUGGCCCGCGUUGGAGAUGGCGAGACACUGGAUCUUGGACCUGUGGGCCUUGAUGAUGGAGAUGAGGUUGCGGUCGCGGUGUGCGGGCGAGACGUCGACGAGCUGGAUCUGGCCAAUAGCGCGGCCGGGGAACGCGAGGACGCUGGUCUGCUCGUUGACACUCAGCUCGGCCACGCCGGCGUCGUUGUCGUAGGUCUCGUGCUGGGCGAGCAGCUUGGGCUUGGACUCGAACGCGUGGAUCAGGACCUUGUUUUUCAGCACCACGACGAUCAGAAUCCGCGAGAGCAGCACGUUGAGGAUCGGGCUCAUGAACUCCAGCAUGAUCGACGGCUUCUUCUUCAGGUCGUCCCAGAUGCACAGCUUGUUGACGGGGAACCGCGGCUGGCGGCCGCCGCCGACGAGCGCGACGUAGUUCGUGCGGUGCAGCAUUGCGAUCAGGCCGACGCCGCCGCUCGUGCUGAACGUGCGCUUCAUGCGCAGCUCCAUCGGGUCGGUGUUGUACACCUGGAACCCGGUCUCGUGGCACACGGCGAAGCACGACUGGUCCUGGUUGAACGCGGCGUUGAGCACGGCCGGCUCGCGCGCGGCCACGGGCUCGAUAGGCCGGUGCGUGUUCAUGGACAAAAAUAA